AUGUCGCAGAUUACCUCCAUGCCACAGACUACCACCUUGCCACGGACGACUGCCAUGUCACUAACUACCACCAUGUCGCAGGUCGCAGACUACUGCCAUGUCACAGAAUACCGCCAUGUCACAGAGUACCACCAUGUCGCAGAGUACCGCCAUGCCGCAGACUACCGCCAUGUCGCAGACUGCCGUCAUGCCACAGACUACCACCAUACCACAGACUACCACCAUGCCACAGAGUACCGCCAUGCCACAGACUACCGUCAUACCACAGACUACCGUCAUGCAACAGACUACCGCCAUACCACAGACUACCGCCAUACCACAGACUACAGCCAUGCCACAGACUACCACCAUGCCACAGACUACCACCAUGCCACAGACUACCACCAUGCCACAGACUACCACCUUACAACAGACUACUGCCAUGUCACAGACUACCGCCAUGCCACAGACUACCACCAUACCACAGACUACCGCCAUGUCGCAGACUACCGCCAUGUCGCAGACUACCGCCAUGCCACAGACUACCGCCAUGCCACAGACUACCGCCAUGUCGCAGACUACCGCCAUGUCGCAGACUACCGCCAUGCCACAGACUACCGCCAUGCCACAGACUACCACCAUGACACAGAUUACCGUCAUGCUACAGAGUACCACAGACUACCACCAUACCACAGACUACCGCCAUGCCACAGACUACCACCAUACCACAGACUACCACCAUACCACAGACUACUGUCAUGCCACAGAGUACCGCCAUGUCGCAGACUACCCCCAUACCACAGACUACCACCUUGCCACAGAUUACCACCAUACAGCUAUGUCAUAUAA